UCCUCCUCCUCCUCCUCCUCGUUCUUUCUUUCCUUCCUCCUCUGGCUCUGUCCAUCCUCUCCUUCAGCUGGUCAGUCAAUGAGAGCCUCACAGAGCUGGACACAAGCAGCACAGACCAGAAACUCGCCACAACUCAGACAAACUCAUCUCCAAGCAGGGGGGAAAUCCCUGGAAUAGAAAGGCGAAAGGAAAAACGUCAUCACCUCUGUGGUGGCAACAGCGUCCUUCGACCUGCAGGGCUGCCGAUGCUGUCGACUUUAGAAACAGCCUGAAAAUCUUGGAAACAAUCAGCUCACUUCUCUUGAACAGUCCUGCUGCUUUCCCUUGUUCUGCUAAACAACUGGGGAGGACUUUUUCUGGUCUGACCCUAGAGAUGCCUCCCUUCAUCCCCUCCCUGGUCCUCAUCCUCCUCCUGGCUGGUCCGGUCCUCCUGAAUCCAUCAACCUCCACAGAGUUAGAGGUCAGAGGGCAAAGGACGCCAAGGGACACCAAGCAGGACUCCAUCAAGGUGGUGAUUUCAGAGGCCUGCGCUACUCAAGGGGAUUCAUCUGACACCAGUCAAGGAGAUAAAGAAAUCGACCUGGCUCCAGGUUCUCCUCUGGUCCUGACCCAUAAGAUCAAGCUGGUUCCUUCGGGUUCAGGUUCAGGGUCUUGUGGCUGUGAUGCCGAAUUCGCUGCCCUGCGGGAGCGACUGGAGAGACUGGAGAGGGAGGUGUCGGUCCUUCGGGAGAAAUGUGAAGGCCAUGAAGGAAACUGCUGCACCUCGAAGGAGAGCAAAGGUGGUGGUUGCUCCAUUAAACCAGAGACUGAGUGUCCCAACGAGUGCAGCGAUCAGGGUCGCUGUGUGGACGGAAAGUGCAUCUGCUUCCCCGGUUACAGCGGGCCAGACUGCAGCAAGUCAGAUUGUCCUGGAAACUGCAACAACAACGGGAGGUGUGUUGACGGACAGUGUGUGUGCGAUCCUGGUUUCACCGGUCCCGACUGCUCCCAGAGCACCUGCCCCAACAACUGCAAGAACCGAGGCAGGUGUGUGAAUGGCAAGUGCGUGUGUGACAGCAACUUCUCAGGUCCCAGCUGUUCAGACGAAUCCUGCCCAGGAAACUGCAACAACAGGGGGCGCUGUGUUAACGGACAGUGUGUGUGCAACCCUGGGUUCACCGGGCCAGACUGCUCUCAGAGGGUUUGCCCUAAUGAUUGCAAUGACCAUGGGAGGUGUGUUAACGGUAAAUGUAUUUGUGACAGCGGCUUCACCGGCAAUGACUGUUCUGAAAGUUCCUGCCCCGGGAACUGCAACAACAGGGGCCGCUGCAUCAACGGACAGUGUGUUUGCGAUGAUGGAUUUACUGGCGAUGACUGCUCUGAUAACUCCUGCCCCGGAAACUGCCACAACAGGGGGCGCUGUGUCAAUGGACAGUGUGUUUGCGACGACGGAUUUGCUGGUGAUGACUGCUCUGAGAAAGUAUGUCCCAACAACUGCAGCAAACAUGGGAAGUGUGUGAACGGGAAGUGUGUUUGUGAUGCUGGCUUCACCGGGCUGGACUGCGCCACCAAAGGUUGUCCCAGUAACUGCAGCAACAAAGGACGGUGCGUCAGAGGAAGCUGUGUAUGUCGGCGAGGAUUCACCGGACCAGACUGCAGCCAGUGUCUGGAAGGCAGGACUGGACCUAACUGUGAUACUGUCAUAGCUGGUGUUUCUCAGCUGAGCACUCAGGAGAUCACGGAGACGUCCGUCACUCUGGUUUGGACUCCACCUCCCGUCCAGUACGAGACCUACCACCUCACUUUCACUAGCCAGAAGGAGAGUGACCAGCAGAUAACUGUGCAGGUAGAGGGCAGCCUGACCACCUUCACCCAGACAGGCCUGGCAGCCGGUCAGGAGUACAGCGUCAGCAUCGUCGGAGAGAUCGACAGCAGGAGGGGAGCUGAGAUCUCCACCGAGUUUGUGACCCUCAUCUCAGGUCCCACCAACCUCCAAGUUGUCAAGACGACUUCCACAUCUGCGGUGGUCCAAUGGGAGCAGUCGCAGGGUGAGAUUGACAGGUACCUUUUGACCGUCACACCCAACGACGGAGCGGGGAGGAGUCAAGAAAUGACCAUUCCCUCUGGUCAAAACUCCGCCCAUAUCCAGCAGCUUGAGGCAGGACGUUUGUAUGACGUCAUACUUGUGGCACAGAAAGGCUCGAGCCAGAGUGAACCAGCAACCACCCAGGCAGUUCCUGGUCAGUGGGUCCCAAGGCCUACUACAGCAGCUUUGACCAUGCAGGGCACACAAGAUGUUGGUGGCAUCAAACAGGAGCUGAACCCCUCAUCUGGGGGGGAAGUGUUUGACCAACAAGGGAGAAAGCAGGCAAAUUCUAAAUCUGACUCUGCAAAAGUCAGAGAUUUCGAUCGCCCUGACUCCUCCACUGUGAUUGCCAGAACCAAACCUCUAGUCAGCAAAAUGAUGACGAUAAAUGGCACCAGAUCCAAAUUCGAGGGAAGGCCCACCUUGUCCAGGAAGUCAAAGGUCCCAGGCUCUGUGCGUUUCAAUACAACCAGAGUUGUGCCUGGAGGGAAGAAGAUCUUGCCCGGCCCUUUGAAAAAAGCCCCAGUAGUGGCAAAAAAGAAGGAGCCGAUAGUACACAAAAAGCCUGAACCAGGUGUCUCCACCACUGAAGACUCUGUGAUUGUGGAAGCAUCGAGCUCCGUGAGGAGGGAUGAUAAGAAUCCAACUAUGACUCCUGGGACUGGUUCAGAAACAAACAGCUCAGAGAAACCAACUCCUGCUGUUGGCUCCAAAGAGCAACCAGAUGUUGGAAUGGCAAGCCAUGGAAAUGAUGCUGAUCUGGCAUCUCCAGAGCCAACUGGGACUAUUCAGGGCCAAGAGAAGAAAUGUAUGAACAAAAUUAAAGUGACACAUAUCAGAUUACCCCUAAAGGACAGAGGCAAUGGAUGUAUAGGGCAGGGGAAAGGGCUUGCAGGAAACACAUUAAGCUCAAAUCCAGGUUCCCCCAUUACAAGUGAUACUCCCCCUACUGGAGAGACAGACCUUGACCAUUCACCAGAUCCCUUAAAUACACUCCUGGCAGACACUUUUAAGGGUUUGAAUAUCACAACAUUUUCUGUUCACCUGGCCAGACCAUCAGAUGCUUCAGUCGAUGCAGAAAAAGUGAGGACGCAAAUUUUAAGGGGAUUAAAACCACUGUCAUCAUUCUCCCCCUCAUCCUUAUUAACCUCAAAAUCAUCGUCGCACUCAUCAGCUGUGCCAUCAUUGUCAUCAUCUUUAACGCCACUUGUAUCUUCUGCAUCAACAGCAGCACCAUCAUCCUCACUUAGACAUUUAUUUGCAUCAUCGCUGUCGCCCUCACCCCCAUCAUCUUCCAGCUCAGAUGAAAUCAGUCCCCUUGGAAGCAAUGAGCUAGAUGUUGAUAAUAAUAAAGGCACCACUGACUCUGUAUCACCUGCAGACAGAAGAGUACCACCUUUGGGAGAACAUCAGGUACCUCUUGUCCACCACACCCCUCCAAAACGUGGAUAUGUACGUUAUCCACAGUCAAAUUUUAGGUCAUUUCUGAAUAAAACCAACUUAAAUUUGAGAGUUCCUCACCGCUCCCCACCUCGAUUUGUCCCUAUCCCUAAAAGGGAGACAGAGACCAGUGAAUUAUCAUCUUCACUAUUUUCAUCUGCUUCCAAGGAAUCAUCCUCAGAUGAGGUAAAUGCACCAGUGAAGGAUACAAGUGGAGGCAAAGGUGGUAAAAUGACACCUGCAUCCUCUGUAGUUGAACAAAACCACAAGAGACAGACAGAAAGAGGACAAAUUCCAUUUCAUUGGCCUCCUCCUAAGGGAGGACACUUGCGUCGGCCCUUUUUAAAGAACCAGACUCGCUUAAAUUUGAGGCCCUUGAGUCGCCCUUCUCAACCUUUAAAUCCUGAAGCAGAGAAUGAGAAACAGUCUGAGUUUACCACUCCAUUUCCAGCCACGUCAGCUCCUUCUCUUUCCAAAGACUCCUAUCCAUCUAAUACAGGGCCAGUAAAAGAUGGGACUGAAGAUGGAAUUGAGACAAGAAUGUCCACAACAAGUUUGUCCACUGAGUCUAAUCAAACUGCCAGAGUUAAUGGAGUGCCUUCUUCACAUCGCCCAGAUCUUAAAGUUGGUUUCUUCCGUCGGACACAACCAUACGGUGGUUCCUUUCAAAAUAGAACACGCACAAAUCAGAGACCGCCUCAGUAUACAAAGAGAGGUCCUGUACACAAGCCUUUGCCGACCAGAAAGCUAAAUACAGGCACCACCAUUACUGCUGUAGGUCAAACUAGCCAGCUGGGACAAGAUAGCACCCCAGAAAACCAAUCAGGAGAGCAGGAUAUCCACAGGCUCAACCAAGGAGGCCAAAAUAGACAAUCAGGAGGAAAAGAGGCUUCAGAGGUAACUCCAAAUGACCAGAUAGAUACUACUGUCAGACCACAGACUAAAGAGUUAAGAAACAGAGGCAAUACUUUGAUCGAAACAGAAGAAACUGGCACUGCCGAUUUUGACAUUCAUGAAGACAGCGUUGAUCCUGGCAAAAGUACUGGGACUCCGAUUCGAGGUAGACCAACCUUCAAACAAACUCCCUUGCAUUCAAGACCCUCAAGACCAGUCGUACUUCCAAAGAGACCACCGCCAACAAGAACUUUUAAAAGAAAACAUCACAACACCCAGGUGAGACAGUACAUCAGUGGGAGCCAAAAAGAAGAAGAUCCAAAAACAAGUAACACUGAAAAGACAGCAAGUGUUGCAUCAGAUGUUUCUCUCUCUGGAAUCACAAGAGAACCUCUGGACUUUGUGGGUGUGACAAACCAGACCUCUGAUGGAUUUACACUCAUAUGGGACUCACCAGAAGGGAAGUACAAAAACUUUGUUGUGACUAGGACAGAAAAAAUUGAAGGGCCAAAGCAGAUGGGAAGAAAAGAAGAAGUGGAAGAAGACUCUGAUAAAGAUGGUGGCAGUGAAACGGGUAAAGAGAAGCACCACCCCAACAAAGAACCUGAAUCAGAAAAUGGAGGUACUGACAACGAUAACAGAAUCACUGAAGGUUCCAUCUCUCAAGUUCCAAAGAUCCAAAGCAGUUCAACAACCAAACUGACAGAAAAUGACAAAACCUUCAAGAAAGUGCUUCAUGGUUCAGCUCGCUCCUUCCAGUUUGAGGAUCUGCCUCCAAAGACUGAAUACACCUUGACCUUGCUUGGAAAGGGUCCUGGCCUUCUGUCCAGACUGCACAAGCUUGUCAUCAGUACAGGCCCAGAGCCUCCAACCAACAUCGUCUUCAGUAAAGUGACAGAAAGCUCUCUGACGGUGUCGUGGACCAAACCAAAGAGUCCCGUCAGCGGUUUCAAAGUUACAUACACCCACACAGACGAUGGUGAGCCGGUGUCAGUGACCAUGGACUCGGAGGACUCUAACCUUAGCCUGUCGCAGCUCUCACCUGGUUCUUCCUACGAGGUCACCGUCAUCUCCACCCUUGGCCUGGACGAGAGCGACCCGAUCAAAGACUUUGUCAUGACACUUCCUGACCCUCCUACAAACCUUCAGGCUGUAAAUGUCACCGACAGCAAGGCUUUGCUAUUGUGGCGUCCAGCGUUGGCUGCUGUUGAUAAGUACGCUAUCGUCUACGGCUCGGGUACAGAUUCAGAGUUGAGGGUCACAGUGUCGGGAAACGCAGCCGAGCAGCAGCUGAGCGGUCUGGAAGGAUCCACCACCUACACCGUCACCAUCACCAGCCAGCUGGGCAGCCUGCAGAGCUCAGCAGCCACCACCAGCUUCACCACCACCGGAGGCUCUGGGAGGGAUGGCAAUGGGCCGCAGGACCUCCAGGCCAACAACGUCACGCCUCGCACCGCCAUGUUGUCCUGGAAGCCACCGCCAAAGCCUGUUGCUAGAUACAGACUGACCUAUCAGACUGAAGGUCAAGAAAUGAAGGAAGUAAUUGUGGAUGCCACGGUAACACAUUUCAACCUGAGAAGACUCCAUCCUGGAUCCAAGUACGUGGUGCAGCUACAGGCAGAAAGAGAAGGAAGAUACACGUCCGCCAUCGCAACUGAGUUCACCACCGGCACCCUGCGGUUCCCCUUCCCCACCGACUGCUCUCAGGAGCUGCUGAACGGCAUCUAUACAUCAGGCGAGGUGGAGAUUUUCCCUCAGGGGAAACUUGGGGCACCGAUGUUGGUUUACUGUGACAUGGAGACAGACGGCGGUGGCUGGACGGUCUUCCAGAGAAGGAAGGAUGGCUCGGUGGAUUUCUUCAGGGGCUGGAAGGAGUACACCAAAGGGUUCGGAGAUGUGAACGGAGAGUUCUGGCUCGGCCUUGAGAGUCUCCACAACCUGACAACUAUGACCAAGAUGAGUUUGCGUGUCGACCUUCGAGACCGAGAUGAGUCGGUGUUCGCUCAGUAUUCGACAUUCGAGGUGGCCAAGAGGAACUACAAACUGACUGUGGGCGGAUACACCGGCACUGCAGGUGAUUCCCUAACUUAUCACAACAACCGGAUCUUCUCCACCAAAGACCGGGACCCGGCGACCUUCAUCACCCGCUGUGCAAUGUCUUAUCGAGGAGGCUGGUGGUACAAAAACUGCCACGAAGCAAACCUCAACGGCCUCUAUGGCAUCGAUGUCAAACACCAGGGUGUGAUCUGGACGUCCUGGAAAGGAAAAGAGGUUUCCAUCCCGUUCACUGAGAUGAAAAUGAGACCGACAGCCUUCAGUCCUCCAGCCAGAGGAUGAACGUGAGCGAGAUGAUGAUGAUGAUGAAGAUAAUGAAGAUGAUGAUGAACUGUUAAACACACACAAACAGCAGUGUGUCAGCGCGCAAACACACACACACACACAAACACACACAGAGCAGACUGAACAUACACAUUUAAACAGGGAGACUUGCUCUCACUUGAGAAGAGAUGAAGUCAUAUUUUUUCAUUUGUAUAGAGCUCAGUUAUCGGUAUGUUACUGUAAGUUGUACAGCUCCUUAUUUUCAUUUUAAAGCAGCAUUUUAAAGUGGCGCAGCUCCAACUUCCUCUAUAUUCAAACACUCAGUUCACACAAAUUGCAGCACCACUGGCUGCACAGACACUUCAGUUUUCAUUUGGGAGAUCUGAAAUCUCCAUCUAGAGGAUGGAAAACCUACUUAACCCAUGUAUAGAUUAAUUUUUGAGAAGGAUUGACCCGAUCUGAGGGGGACCUGAGCACAGCCAGACCUUAGUUCUGAGCAGAGAUCACCAGCACUAGCAGCUGGAUGAUGAUCUCUGAGUUUGUCUGAUUAAAUAACAAGCAGCUGUUUAACCUUCCGAACCCUGAAAACUACCAGUGGGUUUGAAAGAUUUGUUGUCUUUUUAAAAACAAUGCCAAGAUUCCACCAUUUAUCAGCCAGAAACUCUAACAACGAAGAGCACUGUUGAACUAGGGCCACAAACUACUCAUCUGCGAUGUGCUAUUCUGCCAGAAAACUUUAAAAUGAUCAGAAUCUAAGAUUAAAAUCAUGAUAUUUCUUCAAUAUCACUGUGUUCUACGUGUCUCUUAAAAAAUGUGCCAAAAAUACAGAAAUUUGGCUGAACUGCAGGCUGUAACUACACAAAGCAGCGAGAAGACAAGUGUGGAAACAAACUGAAAAUGUAAGCAGUAGACUAUCUGUAGUAUGUAGAUUCAUUGUUUCUUUCCAGUAUGGGUAUCACCUGUGGGCACUUGGAAGAAUGUUGUAAGUGUUGAUUCCAGGGGUUGGUUUUUUUUUUUCAAUUUUUGUCAAAUAAACAAGAAAUGAGAAAAGAAAUUAAAGUUCUUUUUUCUUUUUUAUGAUUUAUGUCAUAACAUUUUUAUGUUGCACAGAAGACAUUUCUUAAUUCUCUCUACUUCUAUUCAUGGUUGUGUUGUUUCCAUAGAAGUACAGGACUUUAUAUUGGAGUGAAAAGUGAGUCCACAGUGAAGGAAAAUGUGUCAGGAGCUAGAAACACUCAGAAAUUGCUUGUCCAGGUGGGUUAGUGACACACAGGCUCUUUUAGACUGAAUGGAAUCUUGACCCGGUCGAAUUGGGGUGAUUAAUCCUGACACGAUUAUCUAUUAAUCAAUUUAAAAUCGAAAUCACUAUUUGAAACAAUGCGAUGAGCAAAGUGGCUGCAAUUUACAAUAUGAAUGAUGCAGUAUGUCUGACCCAGAAAUUAAACUGUUUCGUCAGUGAUUUUACCAAUUUUUGAAGGUAUGUUAUUGUGGUAAUACUCCAUCACAUGUUUAAUAUCUAUUACACACAGAACCUUACAUGUAAAAAGUUGUAUCACAAAUCAAAUGCCAACAAUAUCAGUCAGGAAAAUCGCUCUUGGAUCAUUUUUCCAAAUCGUUCAGCAAUGUGUCCAAUCCUUGAAGACCUCCUGCUUCCAUUGCAAUAAAAGGCUGGACCUCUU